UGCUAACUUUUUAGAAUGAUUAUCAGCAGUUCGAAAACCAGCUAUCUUGUUCAGAAAAUGGCAAAAAAUCGUGUGGAUCGUAAAGGAAUCUUCAAAACCUUGCAUUGGUGGACCUCUAAAAGAGUGCUUUGUUGUUUUCAAAGGGAUUCUCAACAUUUUGCUUUUAGACCCCUGUCUAGUGUUUUGUUCAACCCUGCACAAAGUCAACACCAUACCACAUCAGAACUUAGUCAAGGCAUUAAACCAUUUCCACUUGCAUUAGCUUCAUCACCUUUUAUUCAUGAUUUCAGAACUUGUUUAAGGCAGUUUUUACAUAACUUUUGCCGUCAAAGCUCAGGGAUUGACCUGCAAAAUGAGACUUCAACAUCUCUAAAGAAUUAUUCUACUAUGAAAAUCACUGGAGUUGUUCCAAAACUUAGUCAUGUUGACAAACAAGGUCAUGCACAAAUGGUCGAUGUGGGUGGCAAGACAGAAAGUAGUAGACUUUCAGUGGCAAUAGCAAAAGUGUAUUUGGGCCAAGAAGCAUUUAAUCUUGUGAAAGAAAACAAAAUUCACAAAGGUGAUGUGUUAACAGUGGCUCAGCUAGCUGGGAUUAUGGCAUCCAAACAAACACCAAAUUUAAUUCCUUUGUGUCACAAUAUUCACAUAACUCAUGCUGAGGUCAAUCUAGAACUGGAUGAGGAAAAGUUACCAGUGUGUAUCACAGGAUCUGUGAACUCUGUUGGAAGAACAGGAGUAGAGAUGGAAUCUCUGACAGCAGUGACUGUCGCAGCUUUGACUGUGUAUGAUAUGUGUAAGGCAGUUUCACAUGAUAUUGUGAUUUCUGAUAUUAAGCUUGUGAAGAAAGUUGGAGGAAAGAGUGGUGAUUAUGUUGCAACUUGAAAAGUAUACACCAUAGGCAGACCACACCAGGUGUUCAUGGAUAAUAAUUGUUCACCUGGAACAAAAAAACUUAUACAAAGGGACCCUCUCACAACAGCAGAUUCUCAACAGCUAUUUGAAACUGAAGAUGACGUGAGUAAUGUCAAAACAUGUUUACAAACUUAAAAACGUUGUUUCUUUUGUAAGAGUUGUUGACACUUUCCUUAUUUGAAAGAGAUUCAUAACUAUUAUUAUCAUUGAUCAUUAAUCUGGAGUAGGUAGAAAAAUUUGUACUUCACCUGGUUUGCAUUUUGCAAAUAAAAAUGGAUCAACUAAAGAAAUUAAUAAUUAUUUCAGGUGAAAGUGGGUUAAAUCUCAUUUGAGUGUAUUUUCCCCCUGUGUAUUUUCAUUUUUCCAGUGACCUCCAUUUGCUGUCAGUUUGUUGAAUUUCCAUU